AUGUUCAAGUUGUCGUUUCCAAUCUCCGCUGAUAGUCGGUGGUGCUAUCUUGGGCGUGGGAAGGAGCGCCCUCGCAAGGAGCAGGUGCGAAACAGAAAGGCGGGGGUCAAGGGUCUCACAUGCUGCAUGCAAGAAAGAGAGACGCACAGGACACUCAACCACGCGACAAGUGACCAGUUCACCGGUGGGGGUCAUGGCCCUCCCGUCCUGGCCGCUGCGAUGCUUUGCGAAGAUGCGCAAAACUCGCUCGCUGGCCUAGACGCAGACCAGGACUGCAAUGCUGCGCACUUGUCCUCCGACUAA